AUGAUAUAUGUAUUGGAAGUUUUUCAACUGAUUGAGUAUAUUUGUUUUAAAAAGAAAAAAACUCGCCCUGCGAAACGAAGAAAAACUACUGUUACAAACCCAAAACCGAAGGGCAAAGCCAAGGCCCAAACUCAGAAUAUAUCUCCAACUUCCACGCAAACUCUAUCUCAAAAUUCUCCAAGAACAGAACCUCCACCAUCCCCCCCUAAAGAGGAAAAACGGAUAAUUCCACAAGAAAUGAUCGACAAUUAUGAACCAUGGGUUCUACCAACAGAGCGAAAAAUCACAUGGGAGCAAGUUUAUAGUGAGUUAUAUUAUGGGCCUCUUCGAAAGGCCGAUGAAGAAAGGCGCAGACGAGAGGAAGAACAAUUUAGGCUGGCUCGGGAAACCGCAGAAACUAUUAAAAGGCAACAAAAGCAACAAGAGAAAGAAGCUGAAGAUAAACGUCGUCGCGAAGCAGAGAUUCAAGAACUUCGCGCUGCUGCUAAAGCCAAAAGGCUUGAAGAG